GUGCAAGCGUUUCCCCCGUUCGUGCCGAAAGCCAAACAUUGCAGACAGUGGGAGAAGUUGAACUGCUUUGUUUUAAAAAUAGUAAAUUUCUUAGUGCAGUUUAAUGGUUAAGUUAGUGAAAAUAAUCAAUUGUGAUAUAAUAUAUAGUUUCUCUAGAAAAUAGUACCGGAGGGGAGUUUUAACGCCGAAUAAUACUUGUAGGCUCUGGUUUCUAUUGUUGGACAUUUUUUUCCUUUGAAAUGUUCAUAUUUAUUUAACAACUGCAGUACAAAUCGGUUAACAAAUAAUAGAAAACAAUGAUGGAAGUGAACCAACCCAUUGGAACGGGUGUGCUAGAAAUGCAAAAGAUAAGUUCAACCUCGUCGGUAGUAGUUGGGAGUGCCGAAAGUUUGCAAGAUAUAUCUCCCGAAGUCAAGCAAAAUGGAAUCGGCAUUGCGACAGACAAAACACUCUCCGAAGUCACAAUGGACAUCGAUGAGACUAAAUGUCGCCUCCUCGAAGACGAGGACGUAAUGGAACGUUUGACGUACGGCGAGCUGGAUGAUGGGGAUGACGAUGAUCAACUCCCAGCAACGGAAAUUAACCCGAAUCAAACCAAAAUGGCUCAGACCAUUUCGGAUACUUUAAUUGAUGAUAUCAUUCAGUUAAACAAAAACACCGAUGGCAAUAAUGACGAUACUGAUCGGUUAGGAACCGUAGGAAAUCCUAAGAAAUCACCACCGUCUACAGUUCAAUCACAAUCGGAACGGAAAGAUACUAAUACUAACGGUGUUGCAACGGUAGAAGAAGACAUUGAUUCAUCACUGGAGUUGAAUGAUUUGCCAUCAUUAGCAAACGAAGAAAACGAUUCGGAUGAGGAAGAGAAUCUGUUACUUCUGGAAGAGGACGAUGAUGUUGAAAUGGAGGAAAGUCAUGACGUAGACGAAAAUUUGUUGCUAGAUGAUGGAGAUGCAGAAGAGCAGGAUGGCUCUACUCGAGAGUCAGCUAUUCAAAUCGAGGAUAGCGUAGUCACUACGGAGAUUGCUGAUGCCACGGAAAUUACAGAGGGAAGCAUUGUUGCCAUUGAUGAGAGUGGGUUGAGCAUAUUGAAUACUGCUGCGGUAGAUAUUGGCGAUGUAACUGCUGAUGAGUCAACGAGAAUUAUCGAAGAUAAGGAUCAAGAGCUGUCUGUAACGGAGCAGACUCUGGAGGAAGAUACUUUGGUGGCGAAGGAUACCGAGCAAGCCCCUUUACCAUCACCUACAGUACAAGUCGAAGAGCCACCAGUGUUUGCAUUGGUGGAGGAGAUGGUUACGACCAUGGCCGAUAAUCUGAAACCGACAAAUAGUGAGGAUGACCUAUCUGAAAGGAUGGAAGCAGAGGAUAAUUUCGCAACUCCGCAGCUUUCACUCAGUGAUUUGAUAAAGUUUCCUGAUGUCGAUAAUAUUGUGGCUGAUUCAAAACAAAAGGAUCAGCCUGACUGUGCUGAUGAAACGCUUAGUUCCGAGUCACUUUUGUUAAAAUCCUCCGAAGAAAGCAUCACCCUUGAGGAAAAGGAAUUGUCCGAAGAAGUUUCAAUAACGAAAUUAGUUGAAGCGGAGGAGUCGGAUUUGAAUAACGCUCCUAUUGUGACAGAAGAAGGAGGAUCCAACCAACCGGAUGAUGAUGAUGAUGAACCUGAAUUAUCGGAUCUGAUAAAGUUCAACGACGGGCCCGUCUUCGAGAAGGCCCAGAAUGAGGCGCUAAGCAACGAACAACCGGAGACCACCGACAUUCCAGAAGCUCCACGGGAAGGUGAACCAGAGUCGGUUGAGGACGACACAGCGGCGGCAGAAGAAACGGAAAACACCGAAUCAGUUGACGAUGAGGCGAAAAAGCAAUGUCGGCAGGCACUGCAAGCAGCCGACGAAGAAGAUUUACUGGAGAUGAUGGACGAACCGGAACAGAUGGAAGCUGAUGAUGAAAAUGGCGAGGAAGAUUUGGAUGAUCACAGCAGUGAGUCUGGUAGUGCGAAACAGGCACAAGCCGAUGAUGAGGAUGAUUUCGAAGGUUCCGAUUGCACCGCUAUAGAGGAAGAUGAAGCCAGCAGGAACACCGAAGACCACGAAGAAGUGGCCACCGGCGUCGUUGAUGUUGUAGAGUCAGAGGGAGAACCACCCAGUAAAAGGAAGUGUUCUGUCGAUGUCAGGGAAGUUCUAGAGUCGGAAAACGAGAAAGAAUCGAAGGCAACAAACGAUAAACCGUCAACGCAGGACAAAACGACCGAAAAAUACGUUGAAAUUACUGUGAAGGCCACCGAAGAAGGUGAUCCGAAGUCCGAAGUAACUGAAAUUGUGGACGAAGAAAAUGCUAUGAAUGAAGCGGAUGUAAAAAAUACUGAACAGUCCACUUCUGUAGUUGAAAAAUCAAACGACAAGGAAGUACCUGACCUGCUGGAAGUCAAGGAAGCGAGUGUAACUACUGCACAAUCUGAAGAAUCGAAGGAAACCGUUGCACAAACCGAUACUGAAAUGGACCGGGCUGAAUCAGUUACCGAAGAUAAGGAUGAAGAGAUUGCAAACGAUGAUGAUAAUUUGGACAAAGUUCAAAAAGAUUCGCAUGAAACCGAGUCUGUCAAGGUCCAAGAAGUACAACCAUCUGAAACAAUUGACGUAGACAAACCGGAACCAGCCACAGAACAAAAGAACUCAGAAAUACAGGAAUCGGAAGAAGUCUCAGCAGAGGAUGCAUUAUCGAUAAGUACCGAAAAGCCAGCGGUGAGCUCCAACACGGAAGUAGUUGAACUUUCCGAAAAAGAAGAGCAAGUAGCUAAAGUUGAAACAACAACACUCAAGGACGAGUCGCAUGGAUCUGGCGUGAAAGAUAAAGUUGUUCCAAGUGAAACUGCUGCUGCUGAUGCUGCUCAGGACGAAGUUCUGAUAAUCGAUGACGAUGAUGACGUUCCAGAGAAAAAUGAUGAAGUGGUCAAAAUGGAUACAGAUUUGUCCGAACAGGUAAAGGAAGAUUCGACGGCUGUCAGCACAGGAAAACGUCCUUGUCCAGAGGAUGAGUCGGAGGAGAAAGAAGAUGCUGAAUCUGCUAAGAAAAUGCGAUUAUCAACGGAAAACAAAGUUGAGGUGGUAAAAUUGGAAGGAAAUGAAACGGCAGCAGAAGAAGAAAUAAAAUCGGAAACUGUGCAAGAAGAAAAGAAGGAGGUAAAAGCAGAACAGAAGGAGGUAAAAGAAGAGAAGAAAUCUGCUCUGGCGGUCAUUGACCCGCUGAAAAUUGUGUUGAAUCCGGAGCCCGUAGAACCGUCGAAGGAGAAGAAACCAAUUCGGUUGGAUUUCUUGGAGAAAUUUAAAAAACCUCUGGAGAAAAUGAAUCGAUCCGAUCUGGAGGAAUUCGUUUUACAGAAAAUUGUAGAAAGUAUUGCUUUCAAAUCUACCAUCGCCGAAAUGAGAACUCAGCUGGACGGACAGGACGCAUUGCUGCUAGGCUACCGGCAAAAAGUGCACGAUUUAAACAAACAGUUCAAGGAUCUUGAGAUGGUUCACGAGCGAGUUGUGAAAGACCUGGAGAAGAAAAAUCAACACUUUGUGACCCCGGUGAAGAUUACGCGAGCAGUCGGUCUGCAGGUUUCACAGCCACGAUUUGUUCCUGGAAAUCGUCCAUCGGUGGGCAAUGCUGCUGCAGGAACUAAUUCCCCCAAGGGACCUGUCAACCGGUCGCCCGUGGUAACUCCCGCCGUUUCACCCAACCGGAAUACGCCACAAGCGAACGCUCAAAAUCGGCGACCAAACUUUGCGCGUGGUCCACCCGUAGUGAUAAAGGCUUCUCCUCAACAAAUCCCCGUUAAUCGUUCGACUCAAUCGACAAGCUUGAUCAAAACUUCGUUGGUUAGUUCGCCAGCAACUCCAUCUUCAAACAAAACCAUAACCCCACAACAAUCUCCGGUGACAAACAGCAGUUCUCCGCAGCAGCAACCCUCGACACCCGGUUCCGGUGCGGUUCCACCACUUAAUCGGAAAAAGCCGUUACAAAAGUUCACACCUAUGCGACCUCCGUUGUCCAUCACUCAGCAGGUCCAACAGCAACAGCAAACCCGUCAAAUGCAGGAACAACUGAUGCGGCAGCAGAUUCAGGACGUUCAAACCGGUACCAGCAACAGUUCCUCUGGCACUGGCAGUCAACCCCAGAGUCCUGUAACGCAGUCACCUCAGGGAUCACCACUAACUCGAACUCCUGAACCCGCCUCGUCGCCAUUGGGCCGUAUUCCUCCAAUUGUGAUGAAGAAGGUAACACCCCAAGCGAAGGGAACUCCUACUACUAUGCAGAUCAUCAACCGUCAGACACCUUCGAUGGUUACUGGCGUUUCACCGGCCAAUGUGCGGACAGUUCAAGCGGCUACCAGCGUUUCUACUCCGUCGACGCCUACCAUCGACAAUUCGUUGAUCGAUCUUACCGAUGAAGAUGACGCACCGAAAAUACCGGUAGCUAGUUCGGCCGUAUCCGCACAGUCGGCGGCGGUCGUCCCGAAACCACCGAUUACCAUCCUCAAUGGGCAGCAGCAGAAUUACGGUCAACGUCAGAAUUCGUCAAUGCCACCUCUAGUGGUUAUAAACCAACAACGAGUAGUUAAUCGAACUGUGCUGCAACAGCGUUCAAUGGGAGGAACGCAGACUGGCGGCAUGGUUAAUGGAAUUGGAACCCCCACCCGCCCUAUGCUGAUUCAACGACCGGGAACUGCCGCCAAUGGGUUCACGCGAUCUAUUGCAGGGCAGCAGUCUUACAAACCACGAAUGGCAAACGGGCAAAUUGAUGGUAAUCGUCGCAUGGUUGCUCGUGCAACAAUUCGUCAACAAUCACCGGCUAACACCCACUUCACGCACCCUGCACCGUUGCCACAGCCAGGCAUACAGGUCACAAAUCCCACAUGGAAGCAGGCUCCGCCACGUCCUUCAAUCCGGAUCAACAACAUCGAAACCGGCAUCGUAAUAUCCUGGACCAUGGACGAUCUGGCGGAGAUUCAUGCAACGAUUGUAAGUUACCAGAUCUAUGCCUAUCAGGAAACGACCGCACCGCCCUCCAUGGACAUGUGGCGCCACGUUGGUGAUGUGAAGGCAAUGCUACUGCCAAUGGCCGUCACGUUGACACAGUUCCAGGAGGGACAACGGUACCAUUUCGCCGUAAGGGCCGUCGACGAGCACCAGCGAGUGGGCCAGUUCAGUCCCCCGCGAACGUGGAAUGAGUCCUCUCCGGGAAAGGUAGCGUAAAGACUGUGUGGACAGGACAUUUUCUAAUCUUUUAAUUAAUGAAACAAAACUAGGAAGGUAAGAUCUAAUCUAAAGAUACGCUCUACUUAGAGGAAAAACUCCUUAUUAAUUAGACAUAGAUUUUAUCUGGCGAAACGGAAAUACAGUAGUGAUUAAAUUGGAUAAAUUGAAUAUAGAAAAUUAAGCCAUUUGCUUUUAAGUGUUUCUGUGUGCCGGCUACUUGAAGCGAGGUAGUGAGCUGGAGAUAGAGAAAAAAAUAGUCCCAAUGGUGUUUCCUUUGUGUGCUGUCAGCAAUAAUCGAAGUAAACUAAAACUGCAACAAAUAAUCCAGUCUGUGAAAUGUUGUGUACUCCAACAUGUCGAAGAAUCAUCUAAGAUCAAAUAUAUAAGCUGUAAUACCCGUCGAAGUUUUAGGCUAUUUUAGAACACUCGUAAUAUCAUGAAAGAAUAGAAGAUAGAAUGAAAAGCAUAAGUUAUGCGUAAUUUAGGGAGAUGAACAAUAAAUUCAGCAUUAUUCAGAAA